CACUAAGGUCAACGAUACCGCGUGUAAUUGCGAUGCAACAGAGUUCAUGCCUCUGUGUGGAGUUGACGGCGUUACGUAUAUCAAUCCCUGUAUGGCAGGAUGUCAGUCUUACAAUGGAACAAUAUACGCGGGAUGUACUGAGAUUGCUGGUAACGAGGGCACAGCGGGAAGAUGUCAAGCGGACUGUCCCUACUUUUACCCCUUCGUCAUCGUUGACAUGGUUUGUGGGACUUUGGCGACAGUUCCCAUGGUCCCUGUUGUCUUUACCUUAAUGAAGACCGUGCAACCAAGUGACAAGUCCAUGGCUGUCGCUUUUUCGUCUUUCCCUAAUAGUUUUGUUGGUUUCCUGCCUUCACCUAUUGUGUAUGGUAUGGUCAUUGACACCACGUGUACUCUCUGGGAAACAGCAUGUGGUGAGGUCCGCGCAUGCGCACUGUAUGAUCUCCCUAGCCUUCGGUAUCGUGUGAAGUCUAUGGACACUGGACUUCAGUUGUUAUCAUCAGUUGCUUUCUUCGCCGCUUUCCUUUUACUGAAAUAUGGCGUCGUUGAGGAGUUUCAUGAUCCAGGCGCUAGCAAUGUCUAGCUUACUGUUUUGUACUUAUUGGAUUAUGUAGAUAACACCUAAUCCAAACAAAAGGACCAGGUAUAUAUCUUCUUAAAUCACCUUGCCAUUUUCACCCUCGUAGCAUCUCUGGUAGCCCGUAUAUCACUUUGGUUCCUGAAUAAUCUAGGGUUCCUUUAUAUAAUAUCUUUUCAGCGUUUAGGGACAAUAGCCUUCCUGUAUGUUGAUGUUAUUAUUUCAGUGCACAUUAAUACUUGAGUAAUACCACAUACAUGUACACUGAUAACCGUGGAACACGCACCAUGACACUUUCUGUAUGAUGAACUUAAGUAUGGAGACAAACAAUGAGGAUGCAAUAUAUAGCCAGAACUACAAUAACCAUUUUUUGUCCA